GCUUCCCCCCCUCUUCCUUCCACCGGCGGCUGAAGGGAACGCGGCGGCGGCGCCUCACGACCGAGCGCUGACGGCAAUGCGCAGUUUUGCGGUAAAACAAAGUGUAAAAAAAAAAAAAUUAAGGAGCGCUCAAAAUCGUUUGAAAUGGCUCGGGGCGUUGUCUCUUUGCAACGGGUGAGUUGUCGCCGUGCUCUGGAGGAGGAAGAGGAGGAGGAGCAGGCGAGAUCCUCCCUCAGCCGGCGCCACGGUUCGGCUCCUUACGGAAUCGCGGAAAGGUUUGGGUUAAAAGGGACUUAAAGAUCACCCAGCUCCACCCUCUGCCGUGGGCAGGGACACCUUUGAAAGAACUGAGAGGGAGAUGUCUUUACAAACAAUCUGCGGGCCUGCUGGUGGAUAAGGCCAGGGAAGGUAGUCACAACACUGAGCUUUGUGAGAAGCCAUGGAUCAGUCUCAUCCCAGCAGAUAUCUAGUGGGUGAGUGAAAAGAGGACAUAAAAAAUGCAAAAUGCAAGGCUACAAGGAAGAAGCCAACACCAACAUUCCCUGAUGUGUGACAGUUGUUUCCUGAAAAGAGCAUGAAGCCACAAUCUUUUAUUGUUAUUCUGAACUUAAGGCCUUGGUAAUGCUUGGAAAUUUAGUGAAACAGGUAUUGUGACAUAACAGUUUUAUUCCUGAGUGGAUCUCCUGCAGCAGCACGCUGGCGCUGGAGAUAAACAAGGAACAAAUUAGUUCUACUGUCACAUUUCAAGUGAAGGGAUGAGAGGAAAUGGCCUCAAAUUGUGCCAGGGGACAUUUGGGAAAAAAGUUUCCCUGUCAGAGUGGUCAGGCCUUGGAAUGAGCUGCCCAGGGAGGGGGUGCAGUCCCUGUCUCUGGGAGUGCUCAGGAGSAGUCUGGAUGUGGCCCUUGGGGACAGGCUUUGGGGUGAUGCUGCUGGGGCUGGGGUGGCACUGGGUGAUCCCAAAGGGCUCUUCCCACCUUGAUGGUUCUGUGAUUCUGUUAUUUUCCCACCUGGCAUUGAACACCUCCAGGGAUGGGAUUCAAUGUUUCCACUAACAGAUUACACUUUCAUUUGAAAUUCAAAGAGUUAAAAUGUUUCUCCUUCUCCAUCUCAAACUGAAGAAAUGCCAGCCUUGUGCCGCUGCCAUAUCCUGCCCUACAGAGAGGAGCAAAUCUCCUGUGCUCCUCACCUGGCACCUUACACUGCUCCUUUGUGUGACUUUAUCUCAUGCAGGAACUCAAAAUCCUUGCCUGGGCACAUCAAAAGAAAGAAAACAAGCGAAGGAUCCGAUCUCCAAAGAAAGCUCUCCACUCUGGAAUUCACUUUCUCCGGGGAAGAUCCUGACACAAAGGAGGGGCUCAGAGCCUGUCCCGGCUUUCAGAGCAUCCAUGGAGGGAGCAGCGGGGAAGCGCUCCCGGGAUUGCCGGGAUUGCCGAGCGGGACUGCACCUGGGCAGGAUAUUCCACGAUCCCGUUGUGUCYCGAUCUUCCUGCAGCCCUGCUUUGUGGAGGCCCUGGAUGCUCUCAGCGAGGGAUGGGGCGGCCACCGAGAACCAACAAAUGCCAGAAUCGGAUGGUCAGCUAAUAAAUUACAGAUCAAAAGGAGCCCUGGGCUUCCAGCAUCCUGUGAGACUUUAUUUGCCCAAAUCCAAAUCCCAGAAGUUUCUGGACAGCACUGGGGAGAAGGUUCUGGCAAAUUUUCCAGUACAAGCCACGAUUCACUUCUACAAUGAUGACACUGACUCUGAGGAAGAGGAAGAAAAAGUGAGCUCAGCCUAACRAGGAACAGCCUUGACAAACACAAAAUCCACAUGAAAAAAAUGGAGAGAUAAGAAAAGAACUGCCAGGAAUGGAUGGACAAACACCUGACCAAACAGAGAAAUAGAUCAAAGCUCAGAAAAAAACCUAUUUAUAAUUCUCUUUCCGAGAAGAAUGAGUCAAUGAAGUGGAAAAUGGGAGGAAAUCCUUUCGUGUUUUACAGACUUUCAAAUAAAACUCUGAAGCUGAACAAAAAAUGGGAAGAUUUCAGUCAGGUUGGUUUAAGUAAAACAGAUAAAGAACAUUACAAUCACAGUAAUUAGUUACUCAUUAAUGUUUACAUUCCUGAUAAAGUGAAAAUUGGAUUGAUUAUGAGUCUGAAUAAUGUAAUAUGAAGCCCCAAAAUAACCCAAAGGCUUGGAAACACAAUGAAAUGGAGCGAGGAAUUAUUUCAAAUGCAGAGACUGYUGCUGCUUGGCUGUGUGGGACAGAUUUAUUCUGCUAUAAAUGCUGAAUGCCCAGAUUUCCAGUGCAACCCACGGCCAGGACAAGUCCUAAACAACAGCUGGGAUAUUUUCUGGGGUUAUGAUAUUCURUUGUUAUCAGAUUUCUCCUCCUGUAAUCUUUUGCCAUUCAGAAAAAAAAGUCASCCUCRAU